AUGAGCACCGCUGUUGUUGCGGGCGCGAGCAGGAAGCGCGCAGAGGAGGAGGAGAACGGUUCCUCAACAUCACCGCAGCCCAUCAAGCGUCAGAGGCUUUCGAGCGAGAGCGAAGAGCAGGAGGGCCACUAUGUCUACGAGCUGGGGGAAAACAUUAGCAGCCGAUACAAGAUCCUGUCCAAGUUUGGGGAGGCCGCGCAGAAAACGGCACUCACGCACGCGCCAGCUCCCAGCUUGUGGCGCGCCCCCCACGCCUCCCGCCAUGCGUACGCGCGGGGCGCGCUCGCCGCCGACGCCCCGCGCGACCCCUCACGCGCCUGCCGCGCCCCCGCGUCGCUGGCAACGCCCGCCCCAGGCACGUUUGGCCGCGUGCUGGAGUGCUGGGACCGACGGCGCAAGGAGUAUGUGGCUGUUAAGAUCGUGCGGAACGUGGACAAGUACCGGCACGCAGCCAUGAUCGAGCUGGAGGUGCUCAAUACACUGGAGGCCAACGACCCCGUGUCUAAACGCAAGUGCGUCCACCUCAAGGAGUGGUUUGACUACCGCGGUCAUGUGUGCAUGGUGUUUGAGAAGCUGGGCCCCAGCCUCUACGACUUCCUCCGGCGCAACGACUACCAGCCCUUCCCGCUGGCGGUGGUGCAGGAGGAUCUGCGGCCUGCAAAGUGA